GACGACCAUCACUAACGCAGCUCAGAACCAAGGAAACCGGGCUCAACAAAUCAGUAAGUACCCAAUUGCUGCAGCAAUCCGCCGUGGGAUUUGACAACGCAUCGUACGCGAGAACGCUACCCGGUCGAAUUUUUUCACCCCCGAAAAAGUGGUGGGACAUCGAGGCUAACGGCGGCAACCCCCCAACGCAGCAUUCAAAAUGGCCAACCCCAGAGUCGAGGAGCUCCCGGACGACGAGACCCAGCGCCCUACCGUCGAGGAGCAGGAGGACAGCAGCGAUGAGUCCGAUGCUGAGGAGGCCGAGGGCAACCUGCCCGCUGGCUCGACCGCUGUAGUCCACUCCCGCAACGAGAAGAAGGCUCGCAAGGCCAUCGAGAAGCUGCACCUCACCCGCGUGCCCGGCAUCACCCGCGUGACGCUCCGCCGCCCCAAGAACAUCCUCUUCGUCAUCAACAACCCCGAGGUCUACAAGUCUCCCAACAGCAACACUUACAUUGUGUUCGGUGAGGCCAAGAUCGAGGACGUCAACGCCACUGCCCAGCAGGCUGCCGCUCAGCAGCUCGCCGCCGCCGGUGCCGAGGGUGACCACGCCGGCCACAACCACGGCGAGUCCAGCAAGGCCGUCGAGGGUGCCGAGACCAAGAAGGAGGAGGAGGAGGACGAUGGCGAGGAGGUGGACGCCGAGGGCCUCGAGGACAAGGACAUUGAGCUGGUCAUGACCCAAGCCAACGUCAGCCGCAAAAAGGCUAUCAAGGCGCUGAAGGAGAACGACAACGACAUUGUCAACUCUAUCAUGGCUUUGAGUAUUUAAGCACUGCGCGGCGCCGCGGCUGGGACGUUGUUUUCAAGGAGGCUCAUGCAGCAUGGGCGGCUUUGUAUUUUUCGGCAAGAGCCUCUGGCCUUGCAGGACCAUCUUCCUGAAGCAAAUAAAGGGAUAAAUGGCG